AUGGCACAGAAAAUGUCGCGGAAUCUUGUGUCUGGAAACUUUGAGAUGUCCAGCGACUUUGGUAUCAUGAUUCAUGAUGUGGCCGACCUCAUGACCAUCUUAACGGUCAUAUCAAAGGACGCUAUGACCCCUUCCUCCCCUCUGACCUCUGGACUGUCAGGUGCAGGUAUCCCCAUAGCGAAUGUCGCCGCUCGAAGGUUACACUUUGGGGGUCAAAGUCUUGCUGGUGGUCAGUUGCCGCUGAUAACGACGCCAUCCACUUUUGACUGGUGGAGUGCGGAAACGACAGUUCCUGCUGCGUCUUUCCCUGACUUCACUAGCAUGGUUCGAGAGUUCAAACUCCUGCGUCUCGGGGCUUCAACUUCCUCGUCGAUCGUGCCACCACCAUCACAUCAAGUUCUACGACGGUCGCUCAUGGAGAAUCAACUCAGUUGGAACUUGCAAUUGAACGCAUCACUUCUUUCACUCAUCUCCGUGCAUCCGAAGCCUACCACAGAGCAAUAUAACCCCUCAUCCUCUUUCUUGCCAGCGCAAUCAGUCCAUAUUAUGGCCACAUCCCUCAAGGUCGACACCGAGCAGCCAUAUGCUACCGCCGCCCCUCUGGCGACAUGAUGACCUUGGCAUGCAGAUAUUGCGGCCGUCCAGGUUUGCGUCACUGCCUUGACCCAAAUGUUCUCGGCGGGUAACAAUUUGGUGUACUGAGCACGGGAAUUCACCGGUUUUGUGGCUUUUGACUUCGAUCAUGAUCAUCAUCUUCAACCAGUACCGGAGUCUUAAGUUUUCCCCGGACUUGUUAGCCACUAUUGCCGCUGUCGGAAUACGGUAGAUCCUGCGAAGAAGGGCUGUACAAUACGCACAUGUAAAAGUUUGAGCUGGG